AACUGCACUCCGAAAGCCCUCAAACAUAAGCGAAGACGCUGCCGUUUCUUCAUCCGUCUUUUGUCGUUGUGGCUGCUUGGCUGCUUUCCCGGCGAUUUUGCGAGAUUUUUUAAUUUGUUGUGCAUAUGGAUUCCGGUGUUUGUACGGAUAGAGUGAGGGAAUGCAAAGAUUCAGCGGAUGAAGGAUUAAAAAAAUCAGAUGAGCCUAGUGUUGUUGAAGCUAAAGGAAGUUUUAUUGAUCAAACCAUUGUUGCUUUAGGGCCUAUUACUCCUGAUUCUAACCGAGAGAAUGGGGAAGUCCCGUAUUUUGUUUCUCCAAUUACUGUGCUUAGAAAACCAGCGAAAGCACUCUGUUUCGAUUUUGAGACUUCCAGAAAUCAGGACCCAUUGGCUCCAAUUGAUGACAGCGGCAGCCCUCGAACUCCCAAAGACGGUGUUUCUGAUACAUUUGCCCCUGGUCCUGAUCACCUGGCGCUGGCCCCAUUGUGCAAGAAAUUUUUUGACAAAUCAAGAAUUAAUGUUGCACAUCGACUAAACUUUGAUUCCUCCUAUAAGAUUGUGGAAGAUGCAGGUUUUAUCUCCGACGAACAGAUGUUUGAUGCGGUAUAUGAAAAUCUGUUGGAAGUUAUUGUUACCAAGCAGGCAGGCUGACGAUGCUUGCUAGACACCUCGUUUGGCACCUCGGCUAACUGGCAUUGCUGAUACUUGUCCUGGUGCACCUAUAAAGCCCUCAGGUAAAUCAAUGAACUUUGACUUGGGAUUGUGCAGAAAGAUUGAAUUUUGAUGCUCAAUGACUCUCCUUUUAUUUGUUGCUGAGAGCAUGACACAGCACUAUCAGCUGAUUUGGAUGCACAUUGAUGGUGUGAAAUUGAAACAUUAGGGCUUUAAGUUAUAGCUUGUGUUAUUUAGGGAGUAUCUUCUGGCAGUGAGCUGUUUUGUCUGACCAAGUUUUUAGUGGUAGUAGUAAUCUUGUAUAGUAAUUCAACAGUUAUUUCUUUUGGAGAUUAGCAAGAACUCUUUGUUGCCAGACUGCAUUGGUAUUACUCUCUCUUUGUUUUUUUGUCUUAUAAGAAAAUUAGAACAAAAUGUGUCAAAUUCUGUUUGCAUAUACAAACAUUUGUAACUCUGAGUCUGAGGUUACAACUCCUCAUGCUAAAUUUACGCGGGAAAUGCUAUGCUGGAGGCUGUGCUCCUAGA